AUGACAACGAGACUUAGAAACGCAAACCCAUGUGACGGCUGCGCUUUACGUCGUGUAAAAUGUGAAGAAGGAAAACCAUGUCACGAAUGUCGACUCAGAGGCAUCGAAUGCACCGCCUUGAGAACCCGCAAGAAGCGUGGGCCAAAGGGCGGACCUCGAAGCACAACCAAAGAAAAAGUCGAGAGAUUUCAACAGAGCAUCAAGGAGACACAACCUUGUAAUAUUCAAGAUGAUGAUCAAUCGCAGUCCGACCCUUCCAGCUCUGUACCUCUCCCGCCUUAUCGCUUACCACUCCACGAAUAUCAGCGUUUCCUCCAAUUCUCAAAACGACCAGUAUCUUCCAUUUGGAUGGUCAUCAACCCCGACCACCUAUUUACAAAAAUCUCAGAUAAUCUUAACGACUAUGAGUCUCAUGCCCUAGCAGCCGCACUAUGUGCUGCCACCAUAGCUCAACUAAGACUACCAGAACAUGCUGGCCCACGAAACACCCCUUCAUCUCUUCAGUUUGCUACCGAGUGUCUUCAGCUAAGAGAACUUUAUGAUUAUCGAGAGAGCUACAGUCUGGCUUCUGCACUCAUACCCUUCUUUCUUCAUGUUUACCACUCCAACGGCAAUAAGCUACGAACCGCGGGCCUAUUUCUAAGAGAGGCUGUAACGCAAGUUCAGCUCAUGCAGCUUGGUUAUCCUGAGACAUAUUCGCACCUCACUAAGCAGGAGCAAUCACUUAGACUUCGAAUAUACUGGCUUGUUCUCAUCACUGAGAGAACAUAUUCCGCGCAACAUGGCUUGCAAGCAGUUCUCCUAGUCAUCGAUGUCUUCCCAGACACGCAAGAUGACAUGGCAGAUGAACGACGAAUGCAAGCUUUCAUCUCCCUCACAAGACUCUUUGCAUAUCUCGAGAGUAACUUGACAACAAUUUCAUCAAACCAGCAGCCCCUUGAGAGACAAAAGCUGGUAUCAUAUCAAGCCGCUCUGUGUAUCGACGCACAUGAUCACGCUGCUCGUGAAGCUCAAAGAGUUGACUUAUUCGUCACCCGCCAAUGGAUCAGACUCAUUCUAUGGGAGUAUACGGCUCGCCAUUUUGCAAUGUCAUGUUACCCGGAUGACGAAGCUUUCUCUCUUUUCCUUCCAGUCAAGAUCGGCCACAAGAUGCUCUCACUUUUUUCAAUGGUGACAAAUUCUGCCAUCACAACCCACGGAUAUGGCAUUGAACUUAAAGUAUUCCGAUUAGCAGAUGCAAUGCUUGAUAUCGUUGCUUGCACGCCAUUUUCGGCUCAUGGUAGUAGUAUGCUUGUUGGUGCAGGAGAAAUCUUAUACUCUCUUCAACAUGUAUUGCACUCUGUUGGAGGACGAGACUCCGGCUUUCUACACAAGAUACAGAACCGAAUGUCACAGCUGGAGUUGACGACUGGAUCAUGGCCAUACCUCGCCAUAUCAGACGCAGAGGAUUUAAUAGAGGAGAUAGAGAACGAUGACGGCUUAUGA